AUGCCAUCGUCAACAACAAGAGCACUUGAAGCUGACGCCCAGGAGGAGGAGGAAGGAUCUGCCUCGCCCCUCGACAGUCCCACUUCACGGAAAUCGGCCAGACUCAGCAACAUGUACAAGAAUGUGGACCUGAGUGUCACGCCCAAGAAACCUCCUACAACACCAAAGUCAAAGAGUCACCUCAAGAUAGGCGUGUGGGGCUACAUUGUCGGCCUUAAGAAGCAUGACAUGAGCGAGUACUGUCGCUUCCCUAUCGACAAGUCCUAUUGUUCCUUUGGCAGAAGUGGUAACAAUGACGUGCCUGUCCCCUUUGAGUCUGUCUCGGACAUACACUGCAAGUUGAUUCGAAGGGAAGACGGCGAAAUCUGGCUCAAGGACACAUCGAACAUUGGAACCCUGCUCAACAACGUCCUUGUCCACGACACCGCUCGACCCAUCGAGCACAACGACAUCAUGACCAUCGCAGGACGAAGCUUCAGAUUCGAGACCGCCAUGACCACUCCACGGCCACCCCUCCAGGCUACAGACGGAAACACUACGCCAGGACGGCACAUCAAGAGCAUUCAGGCGUCCUUCGACAGCGACUUCUCAGCCCUGGCAGAGGCCCCUUCACCUACGGCCGGUAGAACCUCGACGACGCCGAAGAGAAAUCUUUCAAGGAGCACCGCCGCACUGGAAUCAUCCCUCGGUCUCUUCACUCCUAAAAGCGCCGCAAAGCUGUCUAGCCUGCUUGUUUCGCCAAAGCCCAUUCCUCUCCCAGCAUUCUUGAAAUCGCCUAGACAAUCAACCACCUCAACCGACAAACCUUCAAAGCCCAGUGUCGCAGCGGAUACAACAGACGACCUACAGGAGCUGGAAGAAAAUAGCUGCUGGCGAACCCCCACCAAAGGGAAGCGCAAGUCAUCCGAGGACCUUUUCACCGAACUGGGCAGGACUCCCAAGAAGGUCUCCUUUGGUCCCAAUCUGAACCCAGAGGUCUUUUCAAAGAACAACCCUCCUAAUACGCCCGUCAAGCGCGGCGACCACCAAUCACCGAGUGUCUCGACCCCAUCGUUUAUGUCAAGACUGGCUGCUGCUGGCGGUACUCCCAAAUCGAUCCUGACACCUUCGAAAUCGAGCCGGACAAAUGUCUUCCAAGGUCUCGAGAAACCCACACCUAUCAAGCUCAUGCUGUUCUCUCCUGAGGUCCAAAAGAUCGCCACCACACCAAAGAAGCAAGUCAUCGAUGCGCAGGAUGCACUUUCAUCAGUCAGCAGGAAGCCAGUUUCGGUACAGGACGAGCGUUCCAGUAACAGUAGCGGAAACGACAGCGAUGACAGUCUCCGGGAAAAGAUCGGCUCAACAUCGACAACCAGCCCGUUCAUUGUACCUGCAGCUGCAACAGAGUCGAGGAAUUUUAAUGACGACGUCGAGGAGGAAGACGACGACGAUGAGAGCCCGCUCUCGACACCAACACGAGGUCCAGCUUCGCGACAAUCGAGCGCGGGGCUAACCACCCCGAGCCGCUUGAAGUUUCCUCUUUCAACCCAAGACGUCCCAGAGGAGCACUUGCAUCACUCUUUCAAGCUGCAUGCCUCACCUCUUCAGCCGGAUGCAGACAACCCUUUUAUAUCGAAUGACGAGCCUCGCGGUGACAGCCCCUCACAUUCUCCAAGCGUUGCGGCUGUCCAACGACACCAUCCCGACUUGACACAUGCAAUUGAAGAGGAACUCGACACCCCACUCAUUGACGAGGCCGAACUCCCAGCGGACGCAGAACAGGAGACUGCUACUCCUGACGUCGAUAUUCCGGACACCACCCCUGUACAUACCCCCGUCCGUAACCGAACCAAGGAUGACCAAAAGUCGAAUGUGACCCCUGGUGCGAACACGCCCGGAUCUGCCUCCAGACUUGCGCUCUUACAGCUUUCCGCUCAAAGGAUACGCGGUCUCCCAGAUUUGCUCCAGUCGCCAGCUGCAAGAACAUUGGCCCACAAGUCAUCUGAACCAGCGUCUACCAUCCCCGAGCCUAGUGUAGAUGAUGUGGACGCGGAAUUGGAAUCGGAUCAGGAUAGCAGCGUGGAUGAGGAAGCGACACCGGCGGUGUUUGAGUCAGGCAACAAGGUGGCGACUGAGCAAGCGGAGGAAGAAGCGGCACUGGCGGUACUUGAAUCGGGCAACGAGGUGGCAGAAGAGCAGUCAGACGACGAGGAAGUGACCAGGAAGGAAGUGGAUCAUACUCCUGAGCCGAUGAUUGAGGAAAAGGAUGAGUCUGCUGGCAACAAGGUGGUGACUGAGGCAGAUGAUAUCCUGGCCAAGGAUGAUGAGCAGAAUAACCGAGCCAGCGGAGUAGAUUCCAAGCGGCGAUCGAGUGCGCCGGUCGCCAGCACUAUUCUUCGCCCUCAGAGCCCCAUGUUCACCGGACUUCGUGGAGUGUUCCGGACGCCCCAAAAGGUUGUCGAGACAUGCUUUGCAGGAUUUAAUGGAUUUCGCAACUUUGUGAUGACACCCACUCGUUCGCAAUCCUCCACGGAACUUUUCGCUUCCACUCCAAAGGCUGAGAGUCAGGAUACUGAAGGAGAGGAGAACCCUUUCCAAGUCACGUCGGACGAUAGCCAAAAGGAGGAGGAAGCUGUUGAGACUCUUGAUGCGCAGGAGGUUGCCGCCGCCAUCGGUGCUGAAGAGCAUGGUCCUGAGCUAGCCAAGUUUACGUUCUCUGCUGUAUUUGGUGAACAGAACACUUACGCUGAGGACAAAGCCGAUCAAACCACGAGUGCAAAGGAGACCGCGACCGAUGACAACAGCUCCAGUCGCACAACAUCCACGACAAUGACGACAAAGCGCCGCAUUUCUUCACAUCAGGGUGCGUUGGCGCUUUUGACGGGCAACGAUGGAGAGCCUUCGCCAAAGUCAAAGGAAUUUGCGUUUGCAUCGGAUUCGUUGGAGCUGAUAAAGGCGCGCGGAAGGCGGUCAGACGUUUUCCCUCAGAAGCGAACUGUUGCAAAACGGAGCCUCAGCCAGAGCGGGGAUAACGAUGAAGUCAAGAGUGAGACUGCUGACAAGGACGGCUCAAGUAGACGUAGGAGAACCAUUUCGAUGUUUGAGUUUAUGGCAGCGGUGACCUCGUCUACAACUACUACAGUGACAAGGCCCUCAGCGGGAGCGGAAGCCGAGUCUAAUGAUCAACAUGAUGGUGCCGGAGUUGGCGACGAUGCUGAGCAGGAGGAACUGUUGCGAUUGCUGGGUGAGGGCGCUGAUUCAGGGGAAGAUGACGAUGAGAAUUUCGGUGAGAUUAUCGGAGCAGCUGAUUGCGAUGAUGCCUUUGAUGGUGGAUUUGACGAGGACGCGUCCAAUGUCGCAGACGAGGCGGCGUUGGAUGAUACCAAGGAUCACAAUAUCAAGGCGUCGCCGCGGAGAAGAUCCGGAUCGUUCCAUACUCCAACUAAGAGGCGGCAGUCGUUCAGGAGUAGAUUGGUUUCGUCAUCCCCGGGGUUCGGAUUGUAUGAGCUGGACGGAGUCGAAGACGAGGAGGACGAGGAGGACGACGACGUGAUCAUGAUCUCGCCCAAGCGCCUUCGUGUCCUGGAGUGA